CUUCCGGGUGGCGUUUCUUAGUGGCGCGCUGUUGAAGCUGAGCGGUCGCCAUGGAGCUUUCGGGGGAGUAUAUCGGUUAUGACGGGGAGCCGCAGCGGCUACAAGUGUCCUGUGAGGCAUCGGGCGACGAGGACCCUCUCCAGAGCCUGUCGGCGGGCGUGGUCCGGAUGAAGGAGUUGGUAGCGGAGUUCUUCGGGACCCUAGUGGAGAAGGACGCGCAGGGCGUGGCGGAAGAUCCGGACGACGAUUUGGAGGGUGAUGAUGAAGAUGAUGCAGAAGAUGACAAUAACACUGGUAGAACUAACUCAGAUGGACCAUCUGCAAAACGACCAAAACCAGCGUCUUAACAAUAGUUUUUAGGAAAUUAAGACGGCUACUAGGUUGAAUGAGAUGAUGUAUACUUGUAAUCCCAAUUAAUUCAAAGGCUGAGGCAGGAGAAUUGAAAGUUGGAGGCCAACUUGUGUGCUACAUGUCAAGACCUUGCCUCAAAAAAAAAAAAACAAGUUAGCAGAGCUGCUGUUUGAUGACCUGCGGGAACCCACAGAAGACCUGUGUUCUAGCUGGGACUCAGUUCUUGUCUUUCAUUGAACAAGUAUGGCACAGAGGACACUUCCUUGUUUCUAACAAAGAAAAGUACAACAAAUGUUUCGGAAUGAACUCUUGUUUUCCAUCCUAAAAUAAAAUGGAACCAUUUAUAAAGUGGAUGAAAUCUAAAUUGGCAGAUUAAUUUUUUUGUUUUUCUCUUUUAAAGUGAUCAUUGAAUCAAAUGGUAUGUCUACAUCUUUCAGUGUUUAUAAAAGCUGCUUGCCAGAGUUCAUAGGCAAUUCAUAUUUGAAAGAGUUAAGAGAAAUAUGCUUUGUAUGUGUAUAUAUACAUCUGUACAAGUAUAGAUGUGAGGCCCUAGUCAAUAAAAUACAUUGAUGGUAACUUA